AUGUGCAAUACAUUCUAUGCCACAUCAUAUCGCCCUCAUUCCAUACCUACAGGUACGCAUAAAAUAGAGCUCGAUGAAGAAGUGGACUCGGAUGAAACAGUGGAGGAACUCCGGCAGAAGCCACAAAAUCCUGUACUACUUCCACGCAUCUCCACGCGAUGCAGGGCCGCCCGAUUGAUCGCGACUGCAUUGGCCACCGUGUAUAAUGAUUACAUCCUAGUUGCGGAAGAUUUCCAGUGGGAUGAGAAUGAUGACGCACUCACAAUGAAUAUCGCAGAGCACAUUGACGCAGGCGAGUAUAACCUCGACAUCCUGAAAUGGCCAUGGAACGGGUAUAGAAAUUGGCCUGAUGGGACGAACAAAACACAACAAUUUGUUAAGAACGCAGCAUUGCUCGCCUUGAAGGAUGGCGAAAAUGUCGAUGACGUGCAUAUGGCGCAGUUGGACGAUGACCGUGCCUAUUUGAUUAGCUUCCUAAGUCUUGACAACGAAGCGAGCCCGCUGUCCCAUUACUUCAAUUUCUAA